UGCCGAAUCGCCCGCUCCCCACCCUCUGUCAUCUGUCACUCAGCUGUCAAAUCGCGCCAUUCAUUCUCGCUUCCGCGUCAGCACGCUUAGAGGAGUCGGAGGAUCCGAAGCUCGAAAAAAAUUUGGCGAACGUGCCUCAUAUCCUCACGAAUCAAUGAUUUUUUUAUUCCGAUCGUCGCCGAGAGUAACCGGAAGUGACGCAACCAACGUACUACCGCAUACAUAUACACACAUCGGCGUCCGCGAUCCAAGAUGUCCGCGGUCUCGCGAUAGAACGCGUACCUUUCCGGAGGUGCUGUCAAGAAGCGACGUCGCAGGGAUCCCGGCUUCCUAGACGAGCGAACAGCUGGGCCCGUCUGCCCGAUUACCAGAGGAUCCUGAGGCUCGACGUCGCGCGGCCACGUGACAGCUCGGCGUCUCGCGGAGUCCACGAGUCGACGACUCGUCUCGGAGGCGAUAUCGAGAAAAAGGUUUGUAGGAGGACGUGCAGCGGGUAUGAAUUUUAGGAAAAAUUAAGAUGUCAAGUGACAGUGAUUAUACUUGUCUGGUACGUCCUCAUACUCACAAACGCAAGAAAAUUGUCAUCAGUGACAGUGAUAGCAGCGAUGACUCUAUUAUUGUACAAACCCGGAGGAAAAAGAAGAUACAUAGGGUCAUUAGCGAAGGAGAAAGUAGCAGCGAUGAUAGUGAUGUACCCAAGCCUGUGAUCAGACGACAAAACCAUAGAGUUAUUAGUGAGGAUGAAUCUAAUUUUGAUAGUAGCGCAUCAGAGGCCAGCCAAUCCUCUCAAAGCGAUAGUAGUAGCACAUCCGACUGGCAAAGCGAUUGGUCGAGUUCUGAUGAAUUGAACGAAGACAGUAAGAAAUACAAUGCCAAGCGUAAAGUUUUAUCUAAAACUAAGAGGAAUGAUCCGAUCGGUGAACCCGGUCCUUCCUCAUCAUCCAACGCUGAUGUCCACUCGGAUAGCAGUGAUGAACGUUUGGAGAAAUGUCCUAUAUGCCUACUGCCAUUUAGAAAACAGCAAGUUGGUACACCAUCUGCUUGUGACCACUGCUUUUGUUUAGAUUGUUUAUUGGAAUGGAGUAAAAACAUUAAUACCUGCCCUGUGGAUCGUCAAUCCUUCACCGUCAUUCAUGUUAGAGAUAAUCUUGGCGGCAAGAUCAUAAAACAUGUACCGAUAGAAAUUGUGCCGCGUAUUGAACCUCAAGCGCAAGAUGAUCCAACAUUUUGUGAAGUGUGUCAUCAAAGUGACAGAGAAGAUCGAAUGUUGCUCUGCGACAAUUGUGAUCGUGGUUACCACUUGGAAUGUUUAACACCUCCGAUGACCAUAGUUCCUAUAGAGGAAUGGUUUUGCCCAGAUUGUACGAAUCGCACAAAUAAUAGAGUGUUCGUAACAGACUUUCUGCCAACUCUGAUGAUGACACGACGUCCCAGUCGGCGUGUCCUUCAGCUGGAUAACGAGAGUGGCUUAGGCAUAUUUCGUAGAAUAUUUCCUCACCUUCGCAAUAUCGACGAUGACCGCAUGUAUGUACCUGCCAGCCUUCGCAAUCGGCCCCGCGAGGAAGUGCGCGAUCCCGAGGCGGCUCCGGCGGACAUUCCCGAACAGUUUGUCGACCCGAAUCUGCCGUCUACUUCGUCCGGCCUCGACUCGAUCGGCGACAACAGUCGGAGUCGUUCUCCGAACACUAGUUUAGAGGGUAACGUUUCCUCACGUUCGAGCAAAGCAAAAGCCAAGAAGAAGACAACGAAGAAGAAGAAGAAGAAGAAAAGCAAGCUGACGAAGAGCUCAAAGAGAGACGGCAGCAGGACUACGGUUCGGGAGGUGCGAAUCACAGAAUUCAACGACGACGGUGAGGAGGAGGAGAUAGUGACGUAUGUCAAAGUCGCAUCGUCCACGUCCAGAAGGAAGUGUAAGAAACGAACAAAGAAAACGCGCAAGAGGAGAAAACACAAACGACGAGCAUCCGGGCUGACUAGUACACGUACAGUGAAGAGAAGAUUGGCCUCCGCACUUGGUAUGAAGAAGCCCAAGGUGCCCGUGCUCGUCCCUACCAUGAAAAGCAACGCUUCUAUUCCUGAGAAAAGCGCUCUCAACAGUGCCAGAUACAGCGCCGGUAUACCUCAAGUCAGUCUCUUCGGGAAUAAUCUGGGAAUAGAUUACAGUCCACCUGGGUCGGACAACGAGGACGACGACAAUGAAUAUUCCAUGGGAAACUGUCCGCUGAUAAGCAUCCGGCAACGGCGCUCGGCGGUUCCUUCGAUCCGGCGUCGAGCCAUCCUGAAAAGCAUCGCUAACCCGAUCGACGAAACAGAGAACGUGGCGACGGACCUACUGAGCAGCAUAAUGAACAACCAGGAACUGUGGCACUCGAACAAGAAGAAGGACGACGUGAUCCUGAAGGCGGACGGUACCCUGAUAGUGAACAACCCCGACAAGGAGAACAAGCACAGCCUGAACAACAACGAGAGUCCGAAGAAGGAGAAACAGGACCAGGAAGAGAUCACGCGAUUCAAGGUCGCGACUCAUCGUCUCAAGCUCGUGGACACCCCGCUGGACCUCUCCAACGUCAAUCCCAGCGACAUCAUCACCCAGGCACCGAUGUACAACAAUCCCUGCGGUGGUGGCGGCGGAGGAGGCGGAAAUCGGGGCAACUUUCGGGGCGGCUACGGUCGCGACAACAGCGGCCGCCACGGUGGAAGUGGCGGCCACGGAGGGCAGAGCUACGGUGGCGGUCGCGACUCUUUGCCACCUGGUAGCGGCGGCGGCGGUGGAGGUGGAGGUGGCAACAGUGGAGGCGGCGGUAGACACAGCUACGGUGGCGGAGCCGGCGGCGGAGGUCCGCGGGACAACUUCGGGAACCGCGAGAACUUCGGUCCGCCCUUCUUCAACCCCAACUACGAGCACUGCGGCGGACCGCCGAUGUUUGGCGCCCACGCGCCGCCGCCGCCGUUCCGCAGCCGUAAUCCGCAGCACUUCCGCAACGAUCGGCUGCGUUUUCCGCCGCCGAUGCCGCCGGCCGGGAUCGAGCGAGCUUUCAAUUACCAGGACGGCUUCGAGCCGCGACCGCCGUUUCCGGAUCACGGCCGAUUUCCCAGACCUCGGCCGCCACCGCCGCCGCCACCUCCCUUGGCGAGCUUACCUCCCGCCAGUGGUGGUCCACCGGCGCCGGAGCCUCCCUUGAACGUGGCGCAGCCGCCAGCGACGCGCCUGCACAACAGUCUGUCUUCGGUGGGUCUGCCGGAAGACGCGAUGAUGCGGAAUUUUAGGUCGUCCCCCGAGCGGAACGAUCGCGUUGUAGCCUUGCCGGAGCCUGUAGCGGCGCCGGCCGCGGGGUCCACGCGCCAGGACAACGACGACUGCGACAUCUACUGCGACAUCGAACCGCCAUCUGUUAAGCCCGACUGUGACAUCCAGGAGGAACUGCGCAGCAAUGGCUCCAUGAUCCUGUUGCCACCGCCGGAGCCACCGUCCGGGCUCCUGGAUUUUGAGGAGAACUCCAGGAGCGACAAGGAUAACGACAGCGAGCAGGAGUUGGUGAUCGACGACAGCCACAAGGAGGAGAGGUCGCCGAGGGACCUGCCGACGAGCGCUGAUAAAUAUGACCCAUUCGCCGCCGACAGCGAUAGCAACGACGAUGCAGCGGCAGCUGCUGCCGCUAUUGCUGCUGCAUCUGCUGCUGCUACUUCUUCGAUAGAGGAGAAGACGAAGGUUCAGGGACCGCGAAACAGCCUGGACAGUCGCGACAUCCCGAUGCCGGUCGCUGAAAGCGGAGAACCCGUCCGGCUGACCGCGUACGACGACGACGAGGACAACGACUCCCAGUCGGACUGCCCGAACUUCUCCAUCUAUUCCUCGCAGACCAUGGAUGUAGCCAGGCACACGGAGCAGGAGCUGUCGCAGCAGCUAGGCCCGCUCCAGCCGCCUCCGCUGCCACCCAGUAUCCCGGACGACGACGACAUCAUCGUCGGGGACGUCCAGGCCUGCGACCUUCCGGACGCGCCCCCGGAGCCCGCGGAUCCUUACCUGGAGGCGUUGCAGAAGGAGCGACAGACCUUGAGCAAGAUACCGCCGAAGAAGAUCUCGCACGAUUCGCAUCGCGGCAAGAUCACCUUCAAGAUCGGCUACAAGCUGCGGCUGAACAACCGGCUGAGUGGCCUGCACCCUGAGGAGCACAGCGUGAACUCGCAGAACGCUAGCUUCCAGAAGAAAGCACCGGCGACGCCGCAGCUGGUCGACGAGCAACAGCAGCCGGAACGAGGAGUCAGUCCACCCAAGUCGACCUUGGAGAGAUCCUCGGCAGCCCCGAAGAUAGGACCGCAACUACCCGAAGAGGAGGACGAGAAGGCUACGUCGGAUACGGCUACCCCGAGCUCGCUGAAGAAGAAGGAUCCACUCGAGAGCGAAGAACCGGGUUCGGAGAGCUCGUCGGAUGAGGAAGACGCGAACCCCAGGUCCAGACCCGCCGAGGUCGCGUCACCCGGCCAAGAAGACGAAGACAGCGAGCCAGAAGCGUCACCGGCACCAGCUACGGCGGAGGAGAACGUUGCGGUAGCUGAAGCUACCUCGGUCUUGUCCUCCUCGACCCUUCGGCUCUCUCCGAGGAAGUCGGACGACGACGAGGCGAAGGUAGAGCGCACUUCGUCGCAGAACUCGACGGCGACCAGCAGAGUCGCGGACUCGCAGGAGUGGGAGCUCAACAGCGAGGACGAUGAUUCGCCAAACAGUCUUCAAGGUAGCCAGCCUGUCAAGGCCGAGCUCGACAAGGUUACAGACAAGGACGAGAAAGCGUCGGGUGACCCUGAGGCGGAUUCGAAUCGGCAGGAGAAGACGGAGACGAUGAUGGUGGUCGACGACGAAGUCGAGCAGUUCCCGAUCGAGAAGGAGGAGAAGCUGAAGAACGAGCCUGCUGCGACCGCUGAUACCAACUGGGACUCCGAUGGCGCCUAUACACCCUGCAAGGACGAGUUACCCGUGAAAGAGGAGGGCGCGCGUGCGUCGUCGUUCGAGGUCGGCUUGGAGCCGAUCACCCCGACCAAGGACAGGACCAACGAUGACCUUGACGACUGCAGAACCCCGCCGGCCGGCUACGCCGAGCUGGGCACCGAGGCUAUCUCCGAGACCGACGAGGCGAUCAACUUCGAGGAGGAGCUGAAUGCCCUGGCGUUGCGGAAGGAGAAGGAGAUGGAGGACGGUGAGAUUCCGGAUGAGAGCAAGCUGAAGGACGCGAAGGAGAAGUCCAAGGAGGAGAAGGAGGACGACGAAGAGAGCAAGAGGCGGAAGAAGAAGGAUAAGAAGGAGAAGAGCAAGGAGAGUACGGAGAAGAACAAGGAGAACAUAUCCUCGGACAACCUGGUAGCCUGGAAGAAGCUCUCGAAGAGCACGAAGGAGAGACCAUACCGCGACAAGGACAAGGGACGCUCUAGGUCGAGGGAGAAGGAGCGGGAGAAGGACAAGUCUUCCAAGAAGAAGACCAAGGAGAUGACGAAGAAGAAGGAGAAGCGGAAGGAGCUGCCGCGCUACGACGUGAGGAAGAUCGUCGCCGAGAAGCCGUCGCGACCGCGCAAGGACGAGUACGGAAGGGACAUCCGGGAGAAGACUUCACGAAGUAGAUCCCGAAGUCGCUCGUCAGAGCUGAAGCUACGUUCCGGUUCCCGGGAUCGACGUAGUCGGUCCUACUCGAAGGACCGAGGACGUUCCAGGAGCAGGUCGCGUCUACGAUUGUCCUGGUCCCGGGACCGCGGUCGCUCGUACUCCAGAUCCUGCCGAUCGAUCUCGCGGGAUCGCAAGAGGUCGUCGUCCCGCGCGAAGCGCAAGACCUCCCGAAGACGAUCCGUCUCCCGCAGACGAUCUCUGUCGCGACGGCACUCCAUCUCCAGGAGACGCUCGCUGUCGCGGAACAAGCGACAACGCUCCCUGUCCCCCAGGUCCAGACGGUCCAGGCGGACGUUGUCCAGGUCGCGGGACAAGCGGAAGGACAAGACGAAGAAGACGUACAAAUCGCGUAGUCGCUCGAGGAACCGGAAGAGGUCGCGCACCAGGUCGCCGAAGAGAAUCUCGUCGUCCAAGUCGCGGGAGAAGAAGCACGGCAAGAGGAAGGCGCACAGCCGGUCCCGCUCCAAGGGCAGAUCGUCGAUCUCGCGCGAUCGGGAUCGCGCCAGGAACUGGGACCAGCUGAACGAGAAGAGCGUCGACCACGAGCAGCAAUUUCCCCGGGAGCGCGAGGAACACGAGCGUUCCUGGAGCGCGCAGUGGACCCCGUCCUGGUCGCGUUCUAGAUCCAAGACGCCGCCGCAGAUCCACCAGGAGGCGAUCGGUUCCCGGAACUGGUCGCCCCCACCGGUGCUGAACAACGUCUCGCCGAAGAACCUGACGGUGAUCCUGACGAACAAGGAGGCGAUCAAGAAGAAGAAGAAGGAACGCCGGAAAGAGAGCCGGAAGUCCAAGGAGACGGAGAAGCGUCGGAAGGGCAAGCGGAACCGGACCCCGCCUCCGUCCAAGGAGGUUUUCGCGAGCGGCGACAACAUCCUCGUCAGCGUCUGCUUCAACAAGGACAACGAGACGAAUCCUUUGGCGGCCACGCCGGAACUCCCGGAGACGAUUCCUCUGAUACCACCUAUUAAACGUCGACGAAGGGAGUCGGUCCAGACCGAGUCCUCGGUACCCUCGGCGAAGCGCCCUAAGAAGGAGAAGACCAAGGAUAAACGGUCCAAGUCGCCGAAGGCGAAGAAGGACAAGAAGAAGAAGUCCAAGGCGGCGGAGAUUGCGGCGACGAAGAAGCCCGUGGCUGUGAUCGACCUGGAUCAGUCGCCCUUCCGCGAGCAGACCCCGUCACCGCGCGACGUCAUCGUCCUGAGCGACGACGACGACAAGCAGGCGCAGGAAGCGCUCGCCGCGUCGCCGGAGCCCUGUCCGCCCUCCCAGACGUCCCCGCCGCGGGAGCAGUUCGUCUCUCAGGGUCCGAAGACCCCGCCCGAGCCGCAGAUCAAGUUCUCCAUCAACAAGCAACCCAGCAAUCUCAGACCGUCCUUGAUAAACCCGCUUCUGGAGGAGGAAGAGGAAGAAGAGGAGGAGGAGGAGGAAGAAGAGGAGGAGGAGAUGAUGGACGAGCGGGUCGAGGAGGAACUCGAGAUGCGAGCGCAGGAGGAGCUGGAGCUGCGUCUGAAGAUCGGACCCAACACGCCCCCGGAACCUCCCACGUCCCCGCCGACCUCGCCGGACGCUUACGAUCCCUUCGACCCGACGAAGUCUCGAUCACCGACCCCGGACGCGAGUCAAGAAGCUACUCCGAAUGAUGACCGAACGCAGCUCCGCAACUCCCCCAGGAAGCACGACGGAACGUCGGCGGAGCCUCCGUUGCCCUUGGACGAGCCCGGUCAGCAGCAGCUGGACCAGCCGAGUCAGGAGAAGCCGACGGAGAAGCCGAAGAUAAUAUCGAUGGUGACCAUCAAGAGACCGUCGCCGCAGAGGGACGUUGCUGCGUCCUCUCCCGCGCCGGAGAAUCAGCCCGACAUGGCUCAGUCGUGCAACAGCCCGUCUCCUCCGGCUCCGAAGACUCAGCAGAAUCCGCAAUCGAACGUGCAAUCGACCGCCAAUCCGUUCGCCAAUCCCGUCUUGGCGACCGUCGCCGCUGCGGUUCAAAGAAGCUUCAACGCGAACACGCCCAACACUACGCAGAGAACGUUGUUGCAGUCCAAUCGCAUCUCGCCGAACAACCAGAUAAAGCAGCGCGCGAACGACCGGCCGCAGCUUCCAAAUGUGUUCGCAAAUUCCGCAAAAUCGUCCACAAUAGCGAGAGGAACCGCGAAGUCCGCCCAGGGUAAAAACAGCUCGACGAUCGAACGUCAGAACGGCAAUGACGCGCCCAUCGACAUAACGAACGACAACGUCGUGGACAUGUCGUCGCCCUAUUCGCCGGGCUCGACCUUGAGCGACGGCCUCUUCGACCCGCCCAGUCCCGCGAAUUUCAACAACUCGCCCGUGGCGAACGCGCCACCCUUGCCGCCGGCCGCCGCGAAGACCACCGCGCCGAAGGUGAACAAGAGUGCGGAGAAGAAAGACGCCUUCGACGCGCUGUUUACCGGGACGUUGCCGCCAGCCAAAACCGCCGCCACCAAAAACAGAAGCAAGAAGGUCGCCAAGGAGAAGACGAAAAAGUCUACUAAUCCCAAAGUUGGUGUACGCAUGGACGAGAAUCAGCUCCAAAUCCUUGAUGAUCUUCCUAGUUCUGCUGUAGAAAUGCAAGUUAAAGACAAGUUUCUUAAGAAACUAAACCGACAAGAGAGAGUUGUGGAAGAAGUGAAAUUAGUUCUCAAACCCCAUUACACCAAAAAACAUGUAACGAAAGAAGAAUACAAAGAUAUCAUGCGCAAAGCUGUACCUAAGAUAUGCCAUAAUAAAACGGGCGAAAUCAAUCCUAAAAAGAUAGCGCACUUAAUAGAGGCAUAUGUAAGAAAGUGUCGAAACAAGAAGAAGACUUCUUCUUCCUCUACCGCCAAGAUAACGAAACCUACGAAAACUCUAUGGAGUUGAUCACGUAUUGGCAAUCCUAGCGCAUUAGAAAUUUCUUCAUCGUUAGGCGCCUCUUCUUAAAUCUUACAGCACACAUUCUAUCUUCUGAAUGGUAAGUAAAAAAAUCAAGCAACGUAUAUAUUAUACAUAUACAAAUAUAUUAUUGACGAGCGCAACAUGUAUUGUGUGUACAUACAUAAUUCAUUAAUUAUAAUUGUAUAAGCGUAAUAUUUUUAU